UAAAACAACAACGACAACAACAACAACAUCGUAAAGCAUACAAGUGAAAGAAGGCACAAAAUACUGGUUUACACGAAAUAAAAAAAGAUAAAGCAGAAGAAAGAAAGCAAAGAGAGAAAAAGUUGCUGCACGAGAAAUUUUGUUCGUGUAUCGUCUCCCCAUUUCUAUCUCUGCAUAUAUGAGAGUGUGUGGUGUGUGUGUGUGUUAGUGAAGUAAAGUGAAAAGCAAUGCUGCAAGGAAUUACAACAACCACAGCCAGUUUACAAUAAAAAUAUAACAGUAAACGGUACUUAGGACCACAACAAAGAGAGGAAACAAAGAAACGAAAUAUUUGGACACAAUCUCAAGACCACCACCAUGGAACCCAACAGACAUCACGAAUAUCAGACACAUCAUCAGCCGCAUCCGUCGAUGCAGCACCAUCCAACGCAUCCGCAUCACCAGCAACCGCAUCACCAGCAGCCGAUCCACCAGCACCACCCGCCGCCACCACCACCUCAGCAGCAGCAGCAUCAGCCGCCGCAGCAGAUCCACCAGCAGCAGCAGCAUCCGCAUCACUACCAGCAACUGCAUCACCAUCCCACGAGCUCCACGUCGGUGGGCAGCUCCUCCUCCGCCAGCUAUGUCAAUCACCAUCCGCAACAUCAUCCCACGUCCUUGGCCGAGGAUCAGCGCUCCCGCUCAGCAAUUUAUAUGAGCAGAAGCACUCAGCCGGGCUUGCCACCACCUCCUCAUCCGUCGGCCCAAGGAUCGGGCGCCGCUGGGACGAGUGGCAGCGAUCCUCACAUGCAAUAUUACACCUCAAACCAGAAUUUGGCGGUAAAGAAGAUGUCCGAUCCACAUCCCAUGUGGAGCUAUAAAAGCCAAGCUGUUACGACUCCAGCUCCGGCGCCUGGAUUGCGACAGCAUGGAAAUCCUGCCCUGUAUCCAACGGGCAGCACUGCCUACUGGCCGCCACCGGAUGAGCAGUUGCAUCACCAGCAGCCGUCCCGGUAUUCCUAUGCGAAACCAGGAGGCCCAGUCACGGGCUCGAGACCCAUUCAGGGACCCCUGCCAAACAGUCAGCGAUACUACAGCGAGGACAUUAAGUACUCCACUGUACCUGCCGCAUCCAAGGUGCUUACCUACGCACCGCCAGCCAGCUCCUCGCAGCCACAGCCACCGCCACCCACCUCCAGCUCGUCCGCCAACUCGUCAUCCGUCCGCCACUAUGAACUCGAGCAUGUGGUCAAUCCAAGUAAUCCGAGCAACGAGCACCAGCAACCCAGUCCGAAUUAUGGAAGAAAGUGUCCGCCUCACUACGAAACUCCGCCGGAGCAGAGAAGUGCCGGGGCCACGCCCAAUUCAACGGGUACGCCCACAUCCACGUCGCACCACCAGAGCCUGUAUAUUCCAAUGCCGACAUUCAGUACGGAAAAGUUCCAAACCACCGUGCAUAAUGCGAUUGAGAAGUACAUAAGGGAAACUCCGGGACCCAGUUUGGAGUAUCCCAGAGGUGGAGUGGCACCAGCAGGGCGAACUGGUUACUACAAUCAGCAGCCGGUGAAGAGCUCCAAAGCACCUCCACCUGUUCCCCAAACUGCCACUUCUAGUUACGUGAAAAUGGAACCGGAGCAUGCUCUUGCCGGAGGAUUGCCGCAACCCACGAGAUCAUCGCUUUACCACAAUCCCUAUAAUACGGAGAGCAGGGAGAGGGACUCCUCACCAGCUAUGGCCACUGUGCCGGCGCCACACGGCUAUCCAACUAAAUAUGGAAAGCUGAUACAACAACAGCAUGCGGCCAGCGGAGUGGGAACAGGUAGCUCGGCGCCCUAUCAAAGUUACUACCAUCAGGGAACACCUUCGCCAGCGGCAGGAGCGGUGGCUUCGCCCACGCCAGCACCAGGACCUCCGCUGGCCGAAGCCCCGGGAACGAUCUUUGGUCCUGGAACGGGUUUGAAUCCCGGCAUUCCUCCGCAUAGUAGCCAACCGGCUCCACCACCCGCAAACAGCCAGCAACCCGCCUCAUCCUCAUCGUCUAGCAAUGCCAACUUCUCCACCCUGCAGGUAUAUCCCCACGGACCAGAUAUCUGCUACCAGCCAGGAAGUCAGUCCCAGGCGCAGAACCAAACGCAGAACCAUCCCAAUCCUGCCAAAAAGUCACCAGCUGUAACGAAACCCAAUUAUCGUGCUUUAAUCAACGAUAUGUUGAAAAGAAAUACAGCCAGCGAACAAGAACUGAAUCUGCAGAUCAUCAAGAAAACUCUAAAUAUGGAGCCGGCUUCCAGGAAUCAUCCAGCUCCAAGUAGAGUCAUCCAACAGAGUGCUGCUCCCGCUGCAAUAUCAGUUCCAUCAGCACCACCGCCGCCGCCGCCAGCGAUUCAUUCGCCAUUGGAUUUGUCCAUGCGCACCGUGAAGCAGACGGCGGAUUCCACGGAGUACAAGUACCAGAAACCCAGCACGGACUACAAGCUACCGCAAGGGGGCUUGGGUGGAGGCCUGGGAUUGCCAAGAUUCGAUAUAACACCAAACUUCUCGGCAGCCACUAGGGGCGGAGCACCCACGAGUCCGGCGCCCACACCUGUGAUACGUCAGGCUCUGGCGAUUCCGGCAGCUCCUGUUCCACCCACGGUUCCAGUUCCUCCGCCAGUGGCUGCACCCGCCUUGGUGAUCAAAACGCUGCAACAGAUGCGUCCCAGUGUGGUGGAAACCAAUCCGUUUGCCAAGCGACAGCAGCAGUUACCACCAGAGACGAGCAUUGUACAGGUGACCAAGCCGACAGUGGAACUGAUGCCCACACCUUCGCCAAGCCCACACAACAGUAGUAAUCCCAACUAUUUGGGUAAGAAAAGGCACCUGCAGGAGUACAAUCAAGCCGCUGCGAAGCAGGCAAGAUUGGACGCCGAAUCGUCAGGAUCUCUAGUCUCCGGAGCACCCGUAAUUGCUGCUCCCACAUCAGUGGUUGUAGUAGCACCAGUGCCCGUAAUUGCUGUGAAUGAACAGGCGCUGGCCGCCAAGCGGGAAAGGGAGAUGCAAUCCAUGAGUGCAGAAUCCUCCACUUCCGCCCAUCUAGUUCCCAAGAUGGAACCACGCAUUCGAACUAAAGCCGAGCUCAAGGGUUUCACAUUUACGCCGCCUGUGCUCGUAACUUCCACAACCAAUGCUUCUAGUACAAUUUCACCACCCAGGACGCCACCCAACCAGGUUACCAAUCACAUUCAGAUUAAGCUCGAGCCAGCGCCUCCGAAGGCGACCGAUUUGGGUUUGGAUGAUGAACAGGUCAGUUUGGGUAACCUAAUGGACUGGGGCAGCACAUGUAAUAACCUCGUUGAGCAACUUAUGAGCAAGGUUGUGGUGCCACCGGCAUUGCCAGCCAGCACCGGCAUCAAACUGGAGCUCAGUGAAGAUGAUCUGCCAGUGGCUCGCAUUUUAAAGAGACAACCUUUGGCAGCACCAUCUCUUGCUGGCGGAGAUGCCGAAUCGGCAACUACUCAAUUAACCACAACUACCAACGGAAUCUCUUCGUCCUUGGGCAAUGGCAGUGGCCAGAAGAAACUCAGCAAAGUGGAGAGGGAGAAGAAACGACAGCAGCAGGAACAGCGAAUUGCCGCCCGCUUGGCGCCCAAACAGGGCCAAAGCAGUUCAUCGGAGAGCGACACCACAGAGCUUCACAAGCGGAAUACGGCGCGGCAAAAGAAACCACUACUGCGAAAGGGGCGAACGAGGCAAAGGUCUCCGGAAGCAGCUAGCAUUCAGCAGAGCAGCGAUGAGGAGCAGGAGAAAGUGAGCCAGCGACUUAGUCGCAAUCGAACCUCCAGCGAGGAAAGCAAGACAAAAGCCACCUCCGCCAAAAAGGAUGUUAAGAAGGAGGCGAAGACUCCAAGCAACAAGACCAACAAUAGCGCCUCCCUAACCAAGAUCAGAAAGAAGACAAUCGAUUCUUCCAGCUUGAACAAAGCCAAGGGUGAUGAGAACCCCAAGCACGAGAGCCAGGAGAGCACCUCCUCGGAGAGUGACCAAGACGACAAUGACAAUGACGAGGAGGAGGACCAGGAGGAGGAUGAGGAAGAGCCCGAAGAGGACGACGAUGAGGAGCAGGACAAGAAGAAGGAGAAGCGAGUGGGCAGGCGACCGGGAAACACGCUCAAAAAACGCAUUGCCCACAAGCUGAACACCAUGACCCGCUCCAAACAUCGCAAGGAGCUCGAACUUCAGUUGGCCAACAGUAAGGUUCUCCGAAAUGACAAGAUCAUCAGGAACUCCACCACCAAAAUUAAGAGAAAAUAUGUCCGCAAGGUGGUGGACAGCAAGAAAGAGAUGAUGGUCACGCGCUUGAGGAACAAACGUGGCUUGAACUCUGAUUUGGGAGCGCUGAAUGGUAGAAACUCCAAGCUGAAGGGCAGCAAGGUGGGAAAUAGUCCCGGUAAACCCAAGACCUCGCCUCAGCAGCAACUGUACCUGGAGGAGUAUCGCUAUAAGUUGGCUUUAAAAAUCCCACACAGCCUGAUCUCGAUUAAUAAGCUAAACAAAGUGGCUUCCUCACUACCGGACUUGGAGCGCCGUGAUCUCAGCCAGGAGCUGGCCUGUUUUAAGAGAAACAGACCGAAGACCAAAGCUGCCAGCAAGCAGGAUUUUACGCCGAAGUCCAUAAUCGACGUUCUCCACUUGAGGGUAACCAAUGGCAGUACGGCUGGCACUCAAAGGAAGAUCUCAGUCUCUGCUCCAGCUUCCACCAACCUUCAGAUCCAUAGUGAAACCUCGCAAACUUCCGCUUCUACUUCGCUGUACGAGCAACCCCAGCAGGAUAACCCAACGGAAAACCAGUCCCUGGAUGAUAUGAGCAAGCGGCACUUUAGCAUUUUCGACACCAAAGUGCUGCAGAGCAAAACCCGGACAGAAACCAAGUUGCAAAAGCACAGGGAGAUCAUACGUGAAAUUUUUGUCGGCCCGGAACGUCCAGCUUCUGCUCCGCCAGAAUGUGUCCAGGAGGCAGAUGGAGGAGAUGCCAUUAGCUACCAGAAGUACGAGGAGUUCCUGCAGCAAAUGAACAGCAUUGCCAGCGCGAAUGAUAGCAAGUUGGCCAGGAGAUCUCUCAUGGAAGACAAGUCUGUCACGGCUCCCCAGUGUCCGCACAAGAGGAAGUAUCGUUGUAGGAAAGGCAGCUCGGGAUUUGACUAUAUACGAAAGAAGAAGAGACCAGCUCCGACCCAGACUCAGAACCACACCCAAAAUCAGAGUCAGAGCCAAGUCUCCAAUCAGAUAACCCAACAUCUUUUGGAACACAAUCAGAGUGCGGCGGAUGAGCGAUUGGAGGAUACGGAUAGCACCAUUGCAGGCAGUUCCCAUUUGCCUCCAAAGGUGAAAACGGAGAUGGAUGUCUGUCGUGAGAUCCAGAAGUGGGUGCUCAACAAGGGCGUGGGCCAGAGCACCAUGCACAAGGCUGCUCGCCAGGGCCUGAUCGAUGUGGUGGCUUACUGCUUGGAUCGUAUGAAUAUGAAUCCUGACCAGAAGGAUAACGCCGGCUACACUCCCCUCCACGAGGCGUGCACCCAGGGAUGGCUGGAGAUUGCCAGGAUUCUGCUCCAAUACGGCGCGAAUCAUUCGGAGGCGGCCCAAUCUGGAAUUAGGCCAUUGCACGGAGCCAUCGAAAACGAUCACGAGGAGGUGGUGCGACUGUUGCUCUCCUAUGGAGCCGAUCCGUUGCUGGCAACGUACUCAGGUCAAACCCCGCUAAUGUUAGCUUCAAGCAAGUUGAUGCGAGGCAUUCUGCGCGCUCAUCUCAGCGAUGCACAAAGUGCCGCCGCUGACAUCAAGCCAAUGCGAUUCAAUGGGCCCUGGGAGAUAUUUGAUGCUAAGGAGUAUGGUUAUGAUAUAUUCAGUAAUGUACCGAAUACAGCUUGUGAUAUGAGCAGAGCUCUACGUAGAGAAAGGAAGGAGGCCAAGCAGCAGAGGAUGAGCAACAGUGACAGGACCAGCAACUUGAAUGGUCUGUUACCGGAAAAAAAGGAGGAGCAGAAGCCCGAGGAUUUCGACCAGGACCGGGUGACAACAACGAUCAAGCAGAACGGGGAGACGAGUGCAACAAAGACUGGAGCGGCGCCUACGACGACGGCAACAACGAUGGUUAAAUUGGAACCAGGAACCGACGAGGAUAGCAAUAACAAUAAGAACAACGAGGAGCUGAAUGCUAAUGUGGAAAAUAAUUUAGUAACAAGCGUUGUGAAUGUCAAGAAUGAAGUGAAGAAGGAAGUGGAUGCUGAAGCAGAAGCGGAAACGGAAUCGAAAGCGAAAGCAAAUACGAAUAGUAGCACUAGGCUAGACGAGGAUCAGACGGACAUCGAGACAAUGGAUAGUGAAUUGAAUGGUGAUAUUUUUGAAUUUGAAGAGGCCGAUGUGCCCUUGCCACCACUGUACUUGCUCAAAGACGAGGGCAGUGAUAAAUGGGUACUACUCAAUGAUUUGUGCAAUUUACUUAAAGUUAAAUCGAAGGAUACGUUGCUCAACAAGCUCUGUCCGAACAACAGCAAUGCCUUGGCCAGCAGUCAGAAGCACCUGCUCCGGGAGUUCAAGAUAGAUGAUUUCCUGGAGAAAGCCACCUGCCUGCAGCUGUUGUGCGCCGGUGAAAAGCUGAACAUGUUCAGCUCGUCGAAGGUUGUGCUCAUCAAAUACAACGACAGUGUACGGAACUUGUUGGGCGUGAAGACCAUUUUAAUGAAAUUUUAACCGAGAUAUCUUUAGCGAUUGGACGGGGCAAGAUCCAGAAAGAUAUAAAUUAGAUAAUGAUGAACGGAUGAGCAUAGUACUAACUGAACAUAGAGUGUAAAGUGCAAACAAAUAUGGAAAAACUAUUAGUACGAAUAUAAUUAUAGAUUUAUAUACUAUACAUAUGUAUAUUUUAGCUAGUAGCUAGUUUUUACUCACACGUCUUUGUCUUUGGAAGAUAAAGGCUUUUAUAAACGAAAUUAAAUUAGAGCUAAUGCAAAGUGAUACAAAGGUGCUAUACACACUCAAAACGAAGAAAAAGGAAAUGAAUGGAAAUUUUAGAGCGAGAAUAUUGAGAAAAUCUGGAAUCUUUAGGGAUUGGCUGCAAUUAUGCAAUAAAAGUAGAACAAAACAAUGCGAGGCAGUUAGGAAACGAGGAAACGAACGGAAAAUGUAUGCCAGCCAAUCAGCUAAUAAAUUGAUAUAUACUUACAGAUAUAUCUAGGGAUAAAGUGUAAUCUAUGGUUUUUAAAAAAGCAAAACAAACUAGCUAAAGUAUAAACUAAAUAAUAAUUAUUGUAAUAAUAUUAAAGAAGCAACAAAGGCGUAUUUAUGUAUUAUGUAUUUUUAAAUGAAAUUAUUAACAUAAUAUAUAAAGUAUAUGUAUACACAAUAUGAUCCAACUACAAUGUAAAUCAAUUUUCAGAUAGGUUUGUAAUUUUCUAUGUAAUGUACGUGUAUAAGUUUUGUGCAACUAUAAAAGGAAACCACAAAAAACUGAGAAAUUAAAAAAAAACUAAUAACGA